AUGUUGAAGCUAACACUCGUUUGUGUUGUAACUUUCGCUGGUUUUAAUGUUGCUGCCUCAGUAAAUACCUCUGUAGUAACUAAUACUACUGUGCCUACUGCCAUUCCUCGAUAUCAAACCGAUCGAUAUUUGCCAGACCAUGAAUAUGCCCGUGAGCGGUGUGUCGAGUGUGAUAUUCGCCGCCUCAAAUGCUGUGGCAAGUAUUAUACCUGCGUUGGGAACUGCAGUGGCCACCCAUGUGACAAGGACAGUCAAUGUGGCGGAGGUUGCUGUGUUAACGGUACCUGCACGGAAAGUUGCAGCACACCUGACCAACGACGGUGUGUCGAGUGUGAUAUUCCCCGCCGCAAAUGCUGUGGCAAGUAUUAUAUCUGCGCUGGGAACUGCAGUGGCCACUCAUGUGACGAGGACAGUCAAUGUGGCGGAGGUUGCUGUCGUAGCGGGAACUGCACGGAAAGUUGCAGUACACCGUUCGAGUUAACAACGUUACAGGUUGGCCUUGUAGCAGGUGGGUCGGCACUGGCGCUGUCACUGGCAUGUACCUGUACCUGUAAAUGUGUUAGCAGUCGUCGCCGUCGCAACAAGAAGCCACAGAACGUGAUCAUUAACAUGCACGCACCAACGAACGGCAACCCGCAACCAAGCAAACCACACGAAAUACCCAUGGGAGCCUACUAUGCAUCCACUCCACCAGGGAAUCCUCCUGAAGGCAUCAACUAUGGCUACCGGCAAGCAAAGUUUGACAAAACAGGACGACCCAUCCGGUAA